GCCCCCGACGUCGGCGGCCCCGCCCCCGGAGCCAUGCCGCAGGGCCCAGGGUCCCCAGCCUCUAGCGCGGAGGCGGCGGGCGCCAGGCCCGAGGUCUCGGCGUCCGAGGGCCCUGCGCCGGCGGCGUCGCCUUCUCGGGAGGCUGCGGACGACUCGCAGCCCCAGUCCUCAUCGCCUUCCUGGCUCCCCUCGCGGCCGCCGACCGCGAGCCCGGCGGUGGACGGGUCGCCGCUGCGCCCGGCCGCGUGGUGCGGGAUGUCGGCCGGCGCGGUACUGGAGGCCGGCCUGGCCCGGGUUCUCUUCUACCCGACUCUGCUGUACACAGUGUUCCGCUGGAAGGUGCCGGGCCGGGCGCACCGCGACUGGUACCACCGCAUCGACCACACCGUGCUGCUGGGCGCGCUGCCGCUGCGGAACAUGACGCGCCGGCUGGUACAGGACGAGAACGUGCGGGGGGUGAUCACCAUGAACGAGAAGUAUGAGACCAGGUUCCUGUGCAACUCCUCAAAGGAGUGGAGGAGGGUAGGAGUUGAGCAGCUGCGACUCAGCACUGUAGACAUGACUGGAAUCCCAACCUUGGCUAACCUCCAGAAAGGAGUCCAGUUUGCUCUCAAGUACCAGUCACUGGGCCAGAGCGUCUACGUGCAUUGUAAGGCUGGGCGCUCCAGAAGUGCCACUAUGGUGGCAGCAUAUCUGAUUCAGGUAUACAACUGGAGUCCAGAGGAGGCUGUAAGAGCUCUCACCAAGAUCCGGUCACACGUCCACAUCAGACCUGGCCAGCUGGAAAUUCUCAAAGAGUUCCACAAGGAGAUGACUGCAAGGGCAGCAAAGGAUAAGUCAUCACACAUCACAGACAUGAAGUUUGUGGAUUAAAAAGAACUCAACAACCCUGCCGGCUACAGAAAAAAGUUUACAGAACCGAAGGGGCUUAAGCCCAGACUUGACAUAACAGAAAUGUACUAAGGAAUGGAUAAUUUUGUUUUCUUUGUCAUUUCAUUUUUCUGAAAUAACACUGUGGUAUGACUAGAAAGAUUUAGCAUGGCUUCUAUUCACAGGGUAUAGGGAAUGGGGGAUAGAGAUGAGGUUGCCUUACUUUUUAAAUAGAAAUCUAUUCUUAAAAAAUCUAUUCUAAAAAGAAAUCUAUUGUGUACCUAAUGUUGUACCUGAUGGUAUUUAGCACCAUACCUCAAAGGCAUUUAACACUAGGCAGAGAGAAGAGAAACACUCAGCUCUGGCUCUUUGCCACGGGUUCCUCAAUUCACUGGCCCCUCAGUGGAUUGGAGCAGUGAUCCUGUGUGUAGAAAAGGAAGUAUGGGAUUCAGUCAGUAUUGCAACUGACUUAGAAAUGUGUUGGGCAUUUGCUUAGUCUCCCUGAGGAAGUCACCCCUUCAGAAUUCAAAACAGACACACAUAUCCCUUCAAAAACUUUUAUUUGUAUGAACAGUUCCUAGUUCUUGACUUGGCUUAGAACUUUAAAGGAGACUUUAAAUGUUAAGAGUUUGAAAAACGUUUCUGCUAUUAAUUAAACAAUCCUUUCUACUUUUA